GCCUUAGUAACCCCUUUCUUCCUAUGAAAGGAACAUUUGCUGUCCUCUAAAACAGGGUUUUCUCCUGUGUUCAUCUGCACAGGUCGCCUGGAUUAAUGGCAUUUGCAACUCUGCAACUCCUGACAUAAGCAUCACCCAAUUAAAACAGCUGAUGAUGUAUUUGCAAUACUGAGCAAAAAAAUCUCGAGCUUGAAUCCAAGGAUUUGUUUAGCAUGGAACGAUGCAAUCAUUUAAGGAUUCUUGUGUCACCUUUUUAGAGCUUGUUGAUGCUUUCUGCCACAAGAUUUAUUUAAAGGUGGUCAGGCUGGAAUGUCAAUGGAAACAUGAAGGCUAAAACCAAAGUAAAGAAGCAACGUCUCCCUGCUGAUAAGGAAACGUUUUCUGAGAAGUCAAAAGUGAGAAAGAAAGAACCAUUGAAACGCUUGCGGCACAAAGAAAGGAGGAACGGGGGAAACAAGGAAAGCAGCAGGAGUGCGGCAGCCAGGAGCAAGCGUGCGUGGAGCACUAAAGACAGACAGCUGAGGAGACUGGAGAGCAAUGAACGUGAGCGGCAGAGGAUGCACAAGCUCAACAACGCUUUCCAGGCCUUGCGGGAGGUGAUUCCCCACGUGAGAGCUGAGAAUAAACUUUCCAAAAUAGAGACUCUAACAUUGGCUAAAAAUUACAUCAAAUCCUUGACUUCCAUUAUACUCAGUAUGUCCAAUGGACACUUUCCAGCUGUGGAAGGAAUGGGGGGAACCAGUGGCUCCAAACUGCCACAGCAUUGCCAACAGCAGCAUGGGGAUGGUGAGCAUGAGGAACAGCUGAAAAAAUAUUCCACACCAAUUCAGAGCUUCAGCUAAAGCAGCUAUUGCUAGGGGCUACCUGCAUUUCUUUCC